AAAAAAAGUUAAAUUAAAGACUGUGUCCAAUUUAGCCUUGUGUGUUACGGUAGUAAAAUCUGUGCAGACUUUUACAUGUCGCAGUAGGACCAACGAUUAAAAUAUAUAACGAAACUCAAAUAAAUGUUUCUUUCUCACUUGUUGUUCCCAAAGAUUCCAUAGAAUGGAGAGAGAGAGAAGUAUUGAGAGGAAACGGGAAGUGUCGACCAUUUUUGGUAUUUCAAAUUGGCGCCAUCUUGACCGAGCUGGAUUUUUCAAAUUAUAAAUAAUGUUUUGUAAUAUUUAUUGAAUUAAGUCGAUUAUCGAAUCGUUUAGACAUUUUUUGUGAAAAAUUUUAACGACAAAUAUGCUGUCAAAUGAUUGAAAUUAAUAGACUAAUGAUCAUAUGUCGGUGCGAAAUGUAAAUUUAUUUAUUACUAUUUUUUAAAUUUAUCAGAUCAAAUUGUAAAUUGUAUAAAAAAAUUAUAAACUAUAGAAAGUUGACAACACAAUGAGCGAAACUAAAAAGACAAUGGAUAAAAAUAAGAGCAAAAAGAAGAAGAAGAAUAAUAAGAAGACAACUAAAAGAAGCUUGAGUAUUUGGAAAGUAAUAAAAACAUUUUUUGUGAAUUCGAGUUUACAUGGAAUAAGAUAUUUGGUUGAAGAUGAUUUGCAUUGGUCCGAAAGGCUAUUUUGGAUAGUAGCCUGUGGUGUUAGUUGGUGGCUCUGUACUUCAUUGAUUUUGGGCAUAAUUGAUGAAUUUGUGACACGUAAAGUUGCAAUUACUAUGGCUACUGAUUAUUUAAAUUGGGAGAUUAGUUUUCCUGCGCUUCAUUUUUGUUUUUCUUUCAGUUCAAGAGCAAAAGAUUACGCGAUCAAAGUUACAGGCAUUAAUCCUCGCAAAGCUCAUACUUUGAGCCGCUUGAGCCAUUGGGCAAAAAUGGGAUACGAUGCAGCAUUGAAAGCACCAUUAACAUCUGAAGAACUCAGAGAACUAGAAAACCAGAUCACACCCAACUGCAAAGAUGUUUUUGGUGUUUGUAUUUGGAAUGAUAAAGUAGUUGACUGCUGUAAAUUAUUUUUUCCACUAACAACAAAUCUCGGUCGCUGUCUUUCAUUUAAUAGUUUUCAUUCAAAACUUCCUGACGAUCCCAGCUUACCUAAGUUCGUAAUGAAUCAUCAUAAAAAGGGGGCAAGAUUAAUAAUUUAUCCAAAUAAAACAGAAUUCUGGUCUUCAUCGCAUCCUUUUUUUAACUUGAUGUUCACGAAUCAAUUCGAGUAUCCGAAUCAAAAAGGAGGUCGGGAUACGUUUUUAACCGUCCAAUGGAGCCAGCCUACCCCGACAAUGUGGGAUAUAUCUCAAGUACCGACGUACAAUGAUGCUGGGGUCAAGUCACUGUCGAUUGCUGAUCGCCAAUGCAGAUUACCCACAGAAACUCACGAUUCAUUUCUUCUUGAAACUUACAAUUAUCAUGGGUGUAUGGUAGAAAGUCAGAUGAAAAAAUUUAACGAUACUUGUGGGUGCGUAGGUCAUAUAUUCCCACCUACGGACAUAUUCCGUACUUGCAAUUACACUGAACUUAAAUGUGGGUUUAACAAUAAAGAAGUUAUUGCUCAAGUAGAAAACCCGAAUUGUCUACCAGAUUGUGAAGACAUUGUUAUUGAUCAUGAACACAAUACUUUGGAUGAUGAAAAUGUACCAGAUUGGGCGGUCACUAAACUAGAGUUUAAUAUGUUACCUGGCCCGGUACAACGCUAUGAACGUUAUACAGUUCAUUCAAUGCUUGACGUUAUUGUUUCAGUAGGAAGUGCUUUGGGUCUUUUUGUCGGCGCCAGUGUCCUCAGCAUCGUUGAAAUUCCAUACUGGCUUUUUUUACGUCGCGAUGCAGAUUAAAUUUUCGUCACCAGUAAACAUUAAGAUAUAAAUCAAUCGUAAUUUUGAUUUAUUCAAGACAUGCCGACACACAUUUUUGAUUUAGUAUUUCCGUAUUUAUAGAUAUUAUAAUUAAAUGUGUUAAUUAUAUUUACAAAUGUAUUUAUGAUAAAGUUUG